GUGGUAUCGGUAUCGCUAAGGAGCGUGUCCCGCAAACAAACUGCAGAUAAAUCUGUACUUGGUAAACCAAGUGUUGAAGUUCUAGAGGCAUCGGCUUCUCUCCUUUGUGAUACCCAAUCCGUGGAGAGUGUGGGCCGACUGGGGACGAGAGUCGCGCGCUACCGGAACCCGAUCGACCAAUGGCAGGCGGCGUAACGAACUGAUGCGGUGACAUACCUUCUGCGCACCACAUGGACGAGUCUUGGGUUGGACACAGGAGAAUCUUCAGUCUUGUUGACUUCUUCUCCUUGAAAUAGGUCCAGGGGGUCUUUACAGGAGGUUACCAAGGAGGAAAACACCAGUUUUUUCCUCAAGUAUUGGAGAGAGCAUUUUUCCUUCCACCGUUCCAGUCGGUGUAACUUUACGGAUCGUUCGGUCGACUACACACCCGCCAAGGACAGUGGACAAACACGUGCGGGUUUCUCAUUUUAGGAGAGACAAAAACUGUUCCUAGAAUUAAUCGGCAACUGGAUUGACCCAAAGUCCGAGAAUUGUCCUAUACAGCUGCUUUUCGUUCACAGAAACGUAUUGUUUUAAUCGUUUCGGCAAGGGUUUUCGAUUUUGACUUUUCGUCCUUUUUUAUUUGCACAGUGGUUUCCUUUGGGUCCAACUGUAGUGGAAAUACAGGAAGACCCGGGCCAGACAUCCUAAUGUACCUGACAGCUGUGCGGGGAAACUAAAAGCUACGGGACCAUCACGGUAGAUUAACAAGCUUACCCUCGUCAGAGCGGUGUGUUCUCGUCGCUUACACUCGCGCGUGCCUGGACUGGGAUCGGGCGCCUUGCCUCGUAUGCGCAGAGGACCCUCACUGAAACUCAACCUGCGAUGUAACUUUGUUUUGCCUCUCUUGUGAAGCGGUAUUUCGAACGAAAAUGGCAAGCGGGGACAGUGUGGACGCGGAGAGGAUGAAGACUGACCACGUUAAAGACAGGGACCGUGGUAAGGUCGGGAGUUCGGCGGCGGCGAAGACGGAGACCCCCGCCGGAGGGAAGGCCCCGCACGCCCCGCGGAAGUUGCUGCGGACUCCCAAGUGUGCUCGGUGUCGGAACCACGGGGUUGUGUCGUGUUUGAAGGGACACAAGCGGUACUGUCGCUGGCGGGACUGCCAGUGUGCCAACUGUCUGCUGGUGGUGGAGAGGCAGAGGGUCAUGGCGGCGCAGGUGGCUCUCAGGCGGCAGCAGGCCACGGACCUGGGCCGGGGCGGAGGGACGGCCGGUACGGGACAGACCAAGCCCUCCCCGGCCGACAGCUCUGCCACACCGCGGCGCCUCUACACCCGCACACUCACCCGAGCUACCAGUCUUACCAGGGACAUCCUGGAACGAGGACUCCGUGUGGGUAGAAAUGACCCGGACCCCAGCAGUUAUUUCCUGCUAUCUCCAGAAGUGAGUGAGAGAAUGAGGAAACGGCGAGCCUUCUGCGACAAGGAACUGGAAGCCGCCAUGUUAGAGCGGGAACGGGAACAGGAGGCGCGGCGCGCUCAGCACCUCUUCGCCUCCAACGGGUUCUGCCUCCCCGUGGGGCUGACCGUACCGAGCGGGGUCACCCUACCGGGGGGAAGCUGCACCUCCCCGCGAGAGUUCCUUGUGCGCGCCUUCCCUCACGUCAACCCGAGUUUCCUCGAGCUCAUCCUCCAAGGCUGUGGCGGGGACCUGGACCGGGCGUUGGAGAAAGUCGCGGCGGGGAUAAGCCCUCUCUUCACCGGCCAACCUUUCAACGGCGUAUCGGUGUACCCGAGUAUUCCUCUACUACACGGUGGUGGCAAUCACCUUGGACAUUCCAUCGCGGACGCGGCAAAGCUUCGCCCCGUUUACCAAAACUUGGCGCGAAACUUUUGCUCAGCUCCCAACCACUGGAAAAGGCUCAACGGACAGACAAACAACGGAAAAGCGUCUCGACUCGACCACAGAAUGUUACGAGGACUGGAAGAUUUAACCGCACAGAAGUCGGCUUUUUCUCCGCCAAAUAAAAACGGAGGAAAGGCAGCGAAGACUCCCGACUUCGACACGAUCAAGCAAGAACCGUCGUCGUAUCCUGACCAAGACCACUCGCCGUCAAGUCCGGAAACGGUCGUGAAACGGCCGCGACUUGUUCGUAGACAUUCGGACGACAUUUCGUCCACGGAAUCUCUCUCUCCUCGCGAAGUCCCCGAGACCAACUUCGACAAUAUUCGGAACGGUGCGACCCACCACCGAACACCCGGACUGGCAUUUCGGUUCGAUAUUGUCGAAAAAGAACGACCCUCUGACGAAGAUGACCCGACGAUGGCCGAAGGACUGGACGAAGCACAAGUCGUAUCGAAUUCGGACCAAAACACGAGUAAAAACUCUGCAGAACAGUACUCAUACCUGUCACCGGACCAUAACAGUAACUCUAAGGGGACUUCAAUGAGUGUCACCGCCGAAAAAACGGCGGCAAGACCGUCGCCAUUCCAACAACAACACCGCGAGGACGAGAGGUCGCAGCGGUCCCGGUCGGACUCAGAAGCAAGUAGGUCCUUACCUCGCCCGUUGCUACCUUUCUCGGUCGAAGCCAUCAUGGCGAGAGAUCUCUAAAACGUGCCUUUUAUAAGGCUAUAACGCGUUAGCGCCUAUCUGGCACAAAGUGUGCACUUUAAGUACAGAAAAAAAAAACAGUGGAACAAUCAAUGAAUGACAAUUCCUGAAGAUCUUUACUGUCAUAAUGUUUUACCUCUAAGAUGUUAAUGCUUUUGUUGUCCUUUGACUGUUCUUAAUUCUCGUUUUUCAUGUAUCCAACUGAAGCACAUAAGCAAAACUGUUUGACCUGAAGAAAUUUUCAGUCCUUUCAGAUAUGUGUAAGUGGACUUGAGAGGAUUUUAUGUUCGUACAUUUCUUCUGUUCUCUGCGGUAUACAAUAUUUCAGUUCUUUGUUGUAUUGUACACGGACUAUCAAUAUCCUGAUGAUGAUGAUGAUCAAUAUUCUGGUAAUAGUUUUGCGAUGACGCUAUUAUACUUAAUUACUUAACUCAGAGAAGUUAUUGAUAUACAACAACAACCGUCGGUUCUUUCAUACACCGACUUGCAAUACUGUGCUUUAACCGUUGGGGGCGCUCGUGAACAAUCUUUGAAAUUGCUCUGUUUCAGUUCAGUACAACUGCGCUGUAUGUACGCUAAACUUAUGGCUUUGCUAAACUGUGUUUAUGUCCAGCAACUGGAUAUAGCUUUCAUGUGGCAUGGAUGUGAUUUUGUUCAAUAUCAUAAAAGAAUUUUAAUGUUACAAUUUCUGACAACGUUCAUUUUUGAACAUGACAUUCAAUGUCUAUAUAAAUACAAGUUGAAUAUUUCAA